AUGAAGCAGAAGAGGCAGCUCUAUAGGAUCUUCGUGGGGGAUCAAAGUCGAAGGCUGUCCUUCCUCUCUGAGGCUCUGUUGUCAGUGUGGGGCCGGAUACUCCAGGACACAGAACUGGAGACCUUCAACCAUUCUCUUUCUCAGACUGCUCUGAAAGUGAAUCUACUGGAUAGCCGCCGCCGGCGCGCUCCUGGGGGCGGGGGCGGGGGCGGGGGCGGGGGCGGGGGCCGGCGCGCACCGGACGGGAGUCGCCGCAGCCGCUCCUCUGUCGCCUGGCUCCGCGCCUCAGCCCGGCUCUGCCGCAGCGGCCGCGACGAAGGGCCGCCGGAGCGCGACUCCGGAGCCCCAGGUCACCGCCCGGUCGCCGGAGCCACCACCAGGCCUCCCCGAGCGGCGCCCACGCUCCCGCCGCGCGGACGCCGGGACCCUCCGCCAACCCGCAGCCACCUGCUCCGGGCCCGAAGCCAGGGCACCAUGCGCUCCGCGCUGGCGCUCUUGGCGCUGCUGCCGCCGGCGUCGCCCUCCCACAAUAUGCAGUCCUCUCCUGCUACGUCGUCGUCCUCCGGGAAUGCAGGCCCGCCCAGUCAUACCUCAACUAAUUCAGACACAUCUUCAACAUCUGGCAGUACAAUGGUGACUUCAAACACAGUCAAACAAAGUGAAAGUAUAGCAUCCAGUGAUAGAAUGGGGACUUCAGCUGUGGUGAGAGGAAGCACAGCUGCAGCCCCCAGCAGCUCGGGGGUGACUUCCACCGCCCAGCAGAAAACAACGGCAACACCCAGUGUCACAGAUGGGAAACUAACCUCAAACAACUCGAUUACAACUACUAGUGACCCGAAGGCCACACUUACACCAGCCUCUACCCCAGCAAAGCCUGAAACCACAAGCAGCCAGAAUGGAGCUAAAGAUACAACUGGACCUGGAGCCCAAAGUAGCCACGACGUUACCAGCAAGAGAGAGCUGAGCGUGAAGGGAGAAAGUCAGGUGACCUCUAAACCUUCUACUCUGAGUAAAGUCUUACACACCACUUCUGCUCUUCCUUCCUUGACGGUCUUAACAAGCACUCACCGACUGACUACAGGCUCUGUUACUACGAAGCGUGCGGAGAGCUCUUCCGAGGAACCAGACAAAAUUACUACAGCUUCAAGUAGUGCAGGCACAACAGCAGGUCCCACCUUCACAUCUCAGGGGAUAACUACCACACUAACUACUGAAUCAUUAACAGCAGAUCCACAGACCUCCAGCAAAAUGCCAGCCGUCCCUGAGACCUCCUCCUCCGUCCCUGAGACCUCCUCCUCCGUCCCUGAGACCUCCUCCAUCCCUGAGACCUCUGCAACCAAGGCUUUGCAAACUAUAGCCUCUUCACUGAGACCCAUGGCCACAUCCCCUGUCAGAGGACCCACAAGCUCCAGCAGUCAGAUGGCUUCAACUGCCUCCACAGGCUCCAAUGUCCCUUCUUCCGUCUCAGCUCCUCGAGAUAACAGGGUACAGUGCAGAUCUGAUGAAGAGCUGAAUGACGAGAGGCUCAUCCUGAACCUCACGAAAACCAGCCUCUGUGGGGAGAACCCUUCAGAUGACAGACUGAUCACAAUUCUGUGCCGAGCAGCAAAAGCCACCUACAACUCAGCUCAAGAUCAGUGCAUUGUAUACCUGAUACCCAUUCCAGAAACCCAGGCAGUGGCAAUCAAAAACAUCACUAUACGCACACACCUCCUUCCCAAGGACCUGUAUCUACUUCUGAAAGACAAAUGGGAUGACCUACAAGAAGUGGGAGUCAGUGACAUGAAGUUUGGGCAUCAAAGACCACCAGAAGAGACUGAGGACCGGUUCAGUAUGCCUCUCAUCAUCAUUAUUGUCUGCAUGGCAUCCUUCCUGCUCCUCGUUGUGGCCCUUGGCUGUUGCCACCAGCGCCUCUCCCAGAGGAAGGACCAGCAACGACUAACAGAGGAGCUACAGACAGUGGAGAAUGGUUACCAUGACAAUCCAACACUGGAAGUGAUGGAGACCUCAUCAGAAAUGCAGGAGAAAAAGGUGGUCAACCUUAAUGGGGAGCUGGGGGACAGCUGGAUCGUCCCUCUGGACAACCUGACCAAGGAUGACCUAGAUGAGGAGGAAGACACACACCUCUAAUCAGGUCUGCUGGUGGCCUCCAACAGUGCCACAGAGCUCCAGACUGAACCACCUCAAGUGCCAUUUGGACAGGGGAGGAAAAUCCUUCCCAUUUGAGGGAAAGACUGGGGAGGAACAGCAGACUUAGAAGGUUCCCUCCUCCCAAUCCCCACAGGGCCUUACUUUUUCCCUUUUCAAGCUGAACAAAUCACAUUCUGUCUAGAUUCCUCUUGUAAAAUAACCCACUAGUGCCUGAGCUCAUUGCUGCUGGAAGAUGAGAGGAAGGGAGAUCAAGAAAGAGCCAUAUAAGGGACUCAUAUGAUCAUCUGGUAGAAUCCCUUCAUUUCACAGAUGAGAGGACUGAGGCCAAAAGAGGGUAAGGUCAAGGGCACACAGCCAUUUGGUGACAGAGUCAGGAUGAAAUCAGACUCCUUCAUUCAGUCCAGUGCUCAUUUCCACCACCACACUGCUGGAAUCACCUGCGCCCUCCCUCCUGAGGGGCCUCCCUGAGCUGCCCUGGGCAGGGGUUGGAGUCAACAGAUGGGAUGGAAGGAAGAGCGGGGCCAGAUCCUGUCUCAGUGGAAUCUGAUGACUUGAAAG